CGCUGGGAGAAAACGCCCGCCGGAAGCAGUCGCAAGACCCAAGCAUGGCGGCCACCGGGUGCCUGCGCUGGAGCCUGAACCGAGCCGGAAUCUGGCUGCUCCCACCGCCCGCACGGUGUCCACGCCGGGCGCUACACAAGCAGAAAGAUGGCACUGAGUUCAAGAGCAUCUACAGCCUGGACAAGCUCUACCCCGAAUCUCAGGGCUCGGACACCGCCUGGAGGGUCCCGGAUGGUGCAAAGCAAGCGACAGUGACAUCCCUCUAUCCCAAGAUGAGUCACUACUGCUCACUGAGGCCAGCUCUCUGCCACCAUGAUCGCUUGACAAUAUCUUAUUGUCGGAGUAGUGGUCCUGGGGGGCAGAAUGUGAACAAAGUGAAUUCCAAGGCGGAAGUCAGGUUCCAUUUGGCAACUGCCGACUGGAUCGCAGAGCCUGUGCGGCAGAAGAUAGCCAUCAUGCAUAAAAACAAGAUCAACAGGUUAGGAGAGUUGAUCCUCACCUCUGAGAGCAGCCGCUAUCAGUUCCGGAAUCUGGCAGACUGCCUGCAGAAAAUUCGAGACAUGAUCGCUGAGGCCAGCGAGACACCCAAGGAGCCAACAAAAGAAGAUGUUAAACUUCAGAGAAUCAGGAUAGAAAACAUGAAUCGGGAAAGGCUGAGACAAAAGAGAAUUCAUUCUGCUGUAAAGACAAGCAGGAGAGUUGACAUGGACUGAAAUCACCCUCUGCAGCUGGGAGGGCUCGUCUGGGUGUCAGGGCAAGUGCAGCUGAGAGGCCUUUCACACCAUAAAGAGAUUUCCUUUUUUCUUUUUGGCUGUUAAUGCUUGUCUAUAACAUUGGAGCCAUCACAAGAAUGUUAAUUUGGAAUGAAGGUUACAGGCACUGGUUGCAAAAGUCUUUAUAGGCAGUCACCAUAUUGUCAAACCUUAAUAAUGCAUCUAAUGUGUUAGCCACAAUAAAAUUCAAAACUCA